AGAACCUGGCCGGCUUCGGCCCCUAGCCCUGUUCUCGGCCACCUAGCGCUGCGACCCUGCUGGUCCCGGCAGGCGGAGCCCCAGUCAAGCGGAAAGUGUGGGAGGUGCUCGACAUUGUGGUAAUAAAGGGCGGUGCUGGCUGUGGCCUGGAGUGAGAACUCGCUGAGCGCAGCAGCAGGGCCUGGUCCUGCGCCUUGGGAAUCGGCGUCCACGCUCGGAGCGCGGCACAGAGAGGGCGCAGCGCUGCACGAGGUGGCAGGCCUUGCAUCAUGGAAAGUUUUUCUAAUGCGAGUGGAACCUUUGCCAUACGCCUGUUAAAGCUACUAUGUGAAGAUAACCCUUCAUGCAACGUGUUUUGUUCCCCUAUGAGCAUCUCCUCUGCCCUGGCCAUGGUUCUCCUGGGGGCAAAGGGAAACACCGCCACCCAGAUGGCCCAGGCACUUUCUUUAAAUACAGAGGAAGACAUUCAUCAGGGCUUCCAGUCACUUCUCACUGAAGUAAACAAGCCUGGCACACAGUACCUGCUGAGAAUGGCCAACAGGCUCUUUGGAGAGAAAACUUGUGAAUUCCUCUCAACAUUUAAGGAAUCCUGUGUUAAAUUCUACCAUGCUGAGCUGAAGCAGCUUUCUUUUAUCAAAGCUGCAGAAGAGUCCAGGAAACACAUCAACACUUGGGUCUCAGAAAAGACUGAAGGUAAAAUUGAGGAGUUGUUGCCGGUUAACUCAAUUGAUGCAGAGACCAGGCUGGUUCUUGUCAACGCCAUCUACUUCAAAGGAAAGUGGAAUGAACGGUUUGAGGAAACAUACACAAGGGAAAUGCCUUUUAAAAUAAACCAGGAGGAGCAAAGGCCAGUGCAGAUGAUGUAUCAGGAGGCCUCCUUUAUGCUCGCCCACGUGGGCGAGGUGGGCGCGCAGCUGCUGGAGCUGCCCUAUGCUGGCGAGGAGCUGAGCCUGCUGGUCUUGCUACCUGACGACGGCGUGGAGCUCAGCACGGUGGAAAAAAAUCUCACUUUUGAGAAACUCACAGCCUGGACCAAGCCAGACUGUAUGAAGAGCACUGAGGUUGAAGUUCUCCUUCCAAAAUUUAAACUGCAGGAGGAUUAUGACAUGGAAUCUGUGCUUCCACGUUUGGGAAUGGUUGAUGCUUUCCAACAGAGCAAGGCUGACUUGUCGGCAAUGUCAGCCGAGAGAGACCUGUGUCUGUCCAAGUUUGUGCACAAGACUUUCGUGGAGGUGAAUGAAGAAGGCACGGAGGCGGCGGCGGCCUCGGUCGUGGUGGUGGCAGAGUGCUGCAUGGAAUCUGGCCCGCGGUUCUGUGCUGACCACCCUUUCCUUUUCUUCAUCAGGCACAACAGAGCCAACAACCUUCUGUUCUGCGGCAGGUUCUCAUCUCCAUAAAGGGUACAUUUACUGUGCACUCAGCCAUUUCCCUCUUGCUGUGUCCCCAGAUCCCCCCUCCCCUACAGCUCCAAGAGGAUGGGCCUAGAAAGCCAAGGGCAAAGAUGAGGGCAGAUUCCUUACGUGUCUGCCCUCAUGAUUUGCCAGGAUGAGUUCAUGAUGCUGCACACUCCGUACUUCUAUACUGACCACUCAUUUAUGCUACACUUAAUCAGAAUCUUGGGAAAAUCGACCAUACUGAUUCCCUGCUGCAUUAAAAUUGCGGUCCAAAUCCCCUAGGAUGGCGUACACAGUUUUCUAGAAUUCCACAUGCAGUUCACCCUGGCUACCCUGUGCUUUCCUGAUACCUCAAAUACGUGACCUUAACACGCUGCCUCCGUGGUAAUAAAUGCUGCUAGAUAUUGCUAUUUUAUAGAUUUUUCUGGUGCUUAGCCUUUUUAAAAGUUUUAAAAAUGCACAUUUAUAUUUUAUGUUUAUUUUAUUUUUGACAUUUACCAAUCAUCAAACAUGUACUUGAGGACUGCAUUUGGCACUGGGGAUGCAAAGGGGACAGAGCCAUUCUCUGUUGACACUUGGUCUUCAAUUCUGUGCCCAAUUUAUAUAGCUUUGACAACAACCAGGUUGGACUGUUUAAUGAUGUCUUUCAACUUACCAGGUAAUCCUCUAGUAGGGAUCACACGCUUCUUUAUGAUAUUGUGUUUCUCUACCUCUAACAGUAAAAAUUCCAGUCAACCCCUAAAGCUCAUUUCAAAUGUCUUAUUUCAGAAAUGUUUCCUUUCUCCACAACCAGAUUUGCAUAUGUGAACUCUGUGCACUUGAAGGGCAGCUCCUUUGUGGUAGUUCUUUAUUUUAUUAAUCUCUGUAUCCUUAGAUAGUCCUCCAACAAGACCUGAAGUUCACCAAGGGUUGGAACUCUAUCUUACAUAGCUGGGCGCAGUAAUACAUAAGUUGAUUAUAUACGAGUUCUGAAACUUAUUUUUUUAAUGGUUGGAUAUUACUGGCUUUAUUUUUUUUUAAAGAAUUUUUGUAUUGAGGUGAAAUUCACAUAACAUAAAAUUAACUAUUUUAAAGUGAGAAGUUCACUGCCGCUUAGUAUUGUUAACAAUGUUGUAUAACCAUUGUAUAUAGUGCAGUAAUAAGUAAGUUGAUUACAUAUGAGCUGUGAAACUUAUUUUUUUAAUGGUUGGAUAUUACUGGCUUUUUUUUUUUAAAGAAUUUUUGUAUUGAGGUGAAAUUCACAUAACGUAAAAUUAACUAUUUAAAGUGGGAAGUUCACUGCCACUUGGUAUUGUUAACAAUGUUGUAUAACCACCGCCUUUGUUUAAGUUCCAGAAAAAAUGUUCUGCUCUGAAAGGAAACCCCAUCCCAUUAGCAGAUACCCUCCAUCCCCUCCUCCCUUCAGCCCCCAGCAACCACCAAUCAGCUUUCUGUCUCUAUGGAGUUAUGUAUUCUUGAUAUUUCAUAUAAACUGAAUCGUAUGAAACCUUUUGUGUCUGGCCUUUUUCACUUAGUGUAAGUUUUUGAGAUUCAUUUACAUAGUAGCAUGUAUCAAAAUUUCAUUUUUAUGGGUAAAUAAUAUUGUAUUAAGUGUUAUAGCACAAUUUAUCCACACAUUCAUUGACGGACAUCGGGUUGUUUCUGCCUUUUAGCUAUUGUGAAUAGUGUUGCUAUAGAUGUUUGUGUACCUAUAUUUGUUUGAAUAUCUAUUUUGCAUCCUUUUGGGUAUAUAGCUAGGAUUGGAACUGUUGGGUCGUACGGUAAUUCUAUGUUUAGCUUUUUUGAGGAACAGACAAACUGUUUUCUACAGUGGUUGAACCAUUCUGCAUUCCCACCAGCAAUGUUAAGUUAUGGCCAUCUUAGUGGGUAUGAAGUGGUAUCUCAUUGUGUUUUUUAUUUGCAUUUCCUAUGUUAUGAACUAGAAACUAAAGUACAAACAAGAUGGGACUCUAGUUCCCUGGGGAUUUCCAUAAUCAAAUAUAGGAAGGCAGUUGGCUUUUCACAUCUCAGUUCUGUGGAAGGCCCAAUAAACUCUAUGAACAGGA